GUGUUUCAAGCAUUACAAAAAAAAACGCGCCUUAAUUUGUCACGUAAAUUACAAUGUCAAAAUAAAAAGUUUCAAAUACAGACAAAACUGUGGUGGAAGUAUUGUAAACUUUUUAAUAAAUAUUUCAUUUAAAACUUUUCAAAACAAAAAUGACUUUUUGAUAAAACAAAACUCUUUUGAAGACUAUCAUUUGAACUAUUUAUUAAGCUUACAGCCGUAUCCUGUACACUUAGUCAAAAUGCCAAGAAAGCUGUUAAAGUUCCUCAUAGUGUUUGAUAACACAUCAUUGCUCUACUUCCCUGGACAGUUCUUAUCUGGUAAAGUGCUAAUGGAGCUUCAAGAUGAUACUCCAGUUCUGGGACUACACUUUCAUGUAAUCGGUGAAGGAGUUGUUAGAGUGGGCUCUGGCCGCCACGAAAGGCUCUUUGACAAAGAAAACUACAUUGAUUUUAGAAUGCGUCUCUUGGGUGAACCAGGUAAUGGGCCAUCUAUACUGUCUCCUGGAAUACACAGUUUUCCAUUUAAAUUGGGCCUGCCCAUGGGACUUCCUUCUACAUUCCUUGGGACACAUGGAUGGGUGCAGUACUAUUGUAAAGCUGCACUAAGAGAACCCAAUGGCCUAACUCAUAAAAACCAACAAGUUUUUAUUGUGAUGAACCCAAUUGAUUUAAAUUUGGAACCUCCAGUUUUAGCGCAAGAGUUCGAGCUGAGCGUGGAGCACAAGCUGGGCGUGGGCUGCGUGGGCGGCGGCUCGGUGAGCUGCCGCGUGUCGCUGGACCGCGGCGCCUACGUGCCGGGCCAGAGCAUCGCGCUGUCGGCGCUCGUGGACAACCGCUCGCGCACCGCCAUCCGCGCCACGCGCGCCGCGCUCACCGAGACCAUCCAGUACGUGUCGCACGGCAAGGUGGCGGCGCGCGAGAGCCGCGAGCUGGCGCGCCUCAGCCGCGGGAAGCUGCGCGCCGGCCACGAGCAGCGCUGGCGCCGCGAGCUGCUCUACGUGCCGCCGCUGCCGCCCACCAACCUGCGCGGCUGCCACCUCAUCUCCGUGCAGUACGACGUCUUCUUCAUAAUCGAGCCGAAGAGUUUGGAGAAGGAGGUGAAGCUCCAGUUGCCUAUCCUGCUGGGCACGUACCCGUUCCGCGACGAACAGGACGAGCCGCGCCCCCCCACGCACUACCCCACCACGCUGCCCGUGUUCCGGCCCUGGCUGGCCGACAAGCAGGCCAACUGAGCUCGUCGCGUUACGAUCGACGACGAUUAAGUAAUUGUAGUAGAGCAGUAAAUAUCUGGGAACUUCUCAGUGUUCGUAAAAUAUUUAAAGUAAGACAAAAAUGUUGAUCUGAAAUAUGUUUGAAGACAUAAAUAUUCUUCUAUAGAAGCCAUAAUGUAUAUUGAUACUAGGGAACUUCAGCCCGAGCAAACCACUGGCUACUGGCAGCUCAGUAACUUUUUUUUUCCUUAACCAUGACAAAUUUGUCUCACUAAAGCAGUCUCUUAAGAGUAUUGAUAUGAGAUUGGCAUUAGCAGUAUUUGACAUAGAUCACGGAUACAACAAAAGAUAGAGAUGCAUUUAUUUUUGCAAUUUGUAUUCAAAAUAAGAAAGUUUUCACUUAAUUAAUACUUUAAGAAAUAUAUUUUUUUUAUGCAUUUUAAGUGCAAAAAUAUUUUAUAUGUUUUAUGUGCAUUUUGUAAUGAUUAUAUAUGAUAUGUGUAUGUUAUGAGAUGGUGCUUUUUGCAAUUAGAAAAUUAUUGUUUUGGACUAUUUUUUACAAUAUAAGCUAAUAUAGUUGUUGGUGUAAUAUUUACUAUACUGGAAUAUUAUAUAACGUGUGCACCUAUAAUAAUAGUUGGUUUAGUUUGCUGUUGCUAUGUUUUUUGUAUGAUCAUAGCCAGACAGUAAAUAAAUGCUCACAAUAAGGUCAAACAAAUAAAACACAUACAUUUUUGAAUAUACUACACACUUGAAAGAGUACUAAUGGUAUUUUCGUGAAGUCAAAAAUGAGCUUUGUUUAAUGUAGUUCCUACGGUCAGUAUCACGCCUGUGUAAUGUUUGCAUCGAAGUAACACGUAGGGCUUAGCCGGACAUUGCAACCGGCGUUCAGCUUUCUUCGUACACAAUAUUACGGAGCGAAUGAGGUAAUACUGAUUAUUAUAAAUCGUUGUUUCGAGUUCAAAAUAUAAAAAAGGUGAAAGAGAAACUGGUGCGCCCUCAUGUGCUACCGAAUACGACUUUUGUAUUUUAGAAUCUGCCAACCCUUAUUUAGAGCAUUUGUGUGUAACAAAUACUCUCGGUGAAUAUUGUCGAGAUACCAAUGUUUCUGAGACAGGCUACGACUUAAAUAUUAGUGUUCCAACUGACAUAUUAAUGACGAUAUUUUGAAAAGCUCAUAUUUAAUAUUUUAUACUUACUAGUGCCAUUAUAUUUUACAUUUACGUUAACAAUUAAAAACCAACCUUUAAAAUGACUAGGUAAUUUUACCCUUUUUAUAAGAAAAAAAUAUUAAUAUUGCAUAUUGCAAGAACAUAACUUAGCAAUGUACAUAACUAACCUGUGAUAUACCGGUCCGUCCAUUUGUUGUAUAAUUAUUACUAUGUAAUAGAAGUAUUUAAGGACAUUAUAAUCGAGGUAUUAUUAUAAUAAAUGUAUUACUCAUUAA